AUGGCUCUCGCAGACGACCACGACGAGUACGCGAAGCUAGUCCGGGGGAUGAACCCGCCGAGGGUUGUGAUCGACAACGAAGCCUCCGACGACGCAACCGUCAUCCGGGUGGACAGCGUCAACAGCCACGGCACCCUCCUCGCCGUCGUCCAGGUCAUCGCCGACCUCAACCUCGUCAUCCGCAAGGCCUACUUCUCCUCCGACGGCAGCUGGUUCAUGGACGGUGAGUGCGCCACACGGCCAUCAAGACUUCUAGUUCUUCUAGCCCUCCGCCCAAUUUCCGCGGAAUCUAAGAAAUUUCGGUUCUUCGUUUUCCCCUUGUUGUCCGCAGUGUUCAAUGUCACUGACCGUGACGGGAACAAGGUUCUUGACACGCCAACCAUCUCCUACAUCCAGACGACGUUGGAAGCCGAGGACUGCUACUACCCGGAGGUGCGCAACACGGUGGGCAUCGUGCCGUCGGAGGAGUACACGUCGAUCGAGCUCACGGGCACCGACCGCCCGGGCCUGCUCUCCGAGGUGUGCGCGGUGCUCGCCGGCAUGCAGUGCGCGGUCCGGAGCGCCGAGCUCUGGACGCACAACACGCGCGUCGCGGCCGUCGUGCAGGUCACGGACGCGGCCAAAGCCGCGGGCGGCGCCAUCGAGGACAAGGCCCGCAUCGCCGACAUCAGCCGGCGCCUCGACAACCUGCUGCGCGGGCAGAACGGCGUGCGAGCGGCGGCCGCGGCGAGCCUGACGCACAAGGAGCGCCGCCUGCACCAGAUGAUGUUCGAGGACAGGGACUACGGCGCCGCCGGACGGCCGGACCCGCGGACGGAGGUCUCCGUGACGCACUGCGCCGAGCGCGGGUACACCGUGGUGGUGGUCCGGUGCAGGGACCGGCCCAAGCUGCUGUUCGACACCGUGUGCACCAUCACCGACAUGCAGUACGUCGUCCAUCACGGCACCGUGAGCUCCGAGCCGGGCGGCGGCGCCUACCAGGAGUACUACAUCAGGCACGUGGACGGCCACCCGGUGAGCUCCGAGGCCGAGCGCCGGCGCGUCGUCCAGUGCCUCGAGGCGGCCGUGGAGCGCCGCACUGCCGACGGGCUGGAGCUGGAGGUCCGCACCGACGACCGCGCCGGCCUGCUCUCCGACGUCACCCGCAUCUUCCGGGAGAACGGGCUGACGAUACGGCGCGCCGAGAUAUCGUCCGAGGACGGGGAGGCCGUGGACACCUUCUACCUGUCGGACCCGCAGGGCCACCCAGUGGAAGCCAAGACGAUCGAGGCCAUCCGCGCGCAGAUCGGCGAGGCCGCGCUGCGGGUAAAGAACAACCCGCUGGCCGACGACGGCGGUUCCAGCUCCGAGGUCGCCGCCGGCUCGACGGCAUUCCUCUUCGGGAACCUCUUCAAGUUCUACCGUCCGUUCCAGAACUUCGGCCUCAUCAAGCUCUACUAG